AUGCAAAGAAAUACUUUUGCUGUUUUAUUAUUGUGCUUGAUUGGAGCUACCUGUUUUAUUAAUCAUGUAGCUGCCAGUUGUCCAGCAGGUUAUUAUGAUUCCUCUAAUAUUGAAAGACCUUGCUACCAAUGUUCUCCGGGAACCUAUUGUCCAGGUGAUGGUAAACCAUAUGCAUGUCCAUCCGGUACUGUCGCUCCACACCAAGGUGCAUCAUCAUGCUCUUCAUGCAGUACUAAACGUUCAAAUUCUGAUCAUACCAUUUGUUUACUUGCUGACACACCUGCCAAUGCUCAAGAAUAUGUUUAUGGAUCCAACUUGGUGAUCAACUCUAAGAAUCCAUAUUAUUACAUUACUUUAUAUAAUUCAUUUGGUCAAGCACCAAGAUCUGUUCAAUUGACAAUUGCUGGAAAGCAACCUGUUCCAGUAACCCUUCAUGCAUCAUAUACUACUGGAAAACCAUCUGAAACUAAUGCACAAUUCUCAAAUAAGGGAGUUAAUGCUACAAUUUCUUUCGAACAAGAUGUUUUUAGAAUUUUGUACUUGUACAUUGUUCCAGAUAAUGCUGAUUACGUUAUUGGUGAUUUGAAAUUAUUUAAAUAUUUGGAUCUGAUUGAAAAUUUACAACCAAAUCAAGUUAAUUAUUACAAAUUCAAUGCUGAACUCUCUCAAUAUGAUAGAAAUAUGUUAUUAUUUAGAUUGGAUAAUGUUCCUGCUGGUUCAAGAGUUAAUUUCACUUUGAAUUGUGAUUUUUGGAAGAAGGAUUGGAGUUUCCCAUUUUCAUACACUUUAUACCAUUCCACUUUAUCAAAUAUUGCUUAUCCAAAUGAGAAUAAUGCCAAUAUUAUUGUAAAGAGUCAAACUUCAAGCCAUCCAAGUACUUCAAACAUUUUCUACAUGCCUAAAGAUAGCACUCAAUUUGCCAUUGCCUUCUAUUAUGAUAAUACUUAUUAUUAUGGAGAAAUGUAUGCAAGUGCUAAAAUUAUUAAUUAAAUAAUUUUAUUC